CUGCACUUAAUUUAAUCAAGCGCUUUAUUUAAUUCUUAGCGACUUGUUUUAAUAUUGUUUUUUUUCCACAGAACUCAAGAGGAUUCCCACAUUUGCAGUGGACGUAAAGCUGGAUCCAUCCUCUGCACACCGAAGCCUUAUUCUUUCCCCCGAUGGGAAGAGCGUGAGAGACGGAGGAAAGAACCAGGAAGUUCCCGAUGCUCCAAAGAGGUUUGACAUGUUCGGCAGCAUCGUGGGGCUCAACAGGUUGAGGUCUGGCAAGUCCUACUGGGAGGUGGAGGUCCGCAGCAAGACGGGCUGGGACCUGGGAGUGGCGAGGGGCGACGCAAACCGCAAGGGGAAACUCGCGCUGAACCCAGAUAAUGGCUACUGGGUCACCGUGCAUUAUGAGGACAAAAGAUACGCAGCCCUGACGUCACCACCCGUCAGCCUCCGCCUGAAAAGGAAACCUCAGAAGGUCGGGGUGUUUGUGGAUUACGAGGAAGGCCUCGUGUCCUUCUACGAUGUGACGGCUCAGUCUCACAUCUACUCUUUUACCGAGUGUUCGUUCGGUGGUGAGGUUUUCCCGUAUUUCAGUCCACAUCUCAAACGGAAUGAGACAAACGCUCCUCCUCUGAUCAUCUCUGCAGUGAAGACGCAGUAGUUGUCAAGUGUUUUGUGUUCUGACCUGCACAUCUAAGGUGUUUGGAAAUUGUUCACAUGUCCAAGUUUAUAUUUGAUCUCUUUGGCUAAGAGAGGACAUGCUUAUUCAUAUAUUAUUCUGUUACGAUGGUAUGAGACAGAAAAGGGUUUUGUGGAA